AUGACUAAGAAAACAUCUCACCUCAAAUACUCAGAGAUGCUCGAUAAAGAAGUAAGGAUAAUGGAACGCUUCUUUUCAAUCAAUUUCAACACCGUGAGAGCCACGAGCCCUGUGGUUUCCUACGAAACUAUGCCAUUCAACGUGAAAGUUUGUUCCAUUCACAUGGAAGUUGCACCACAUGGUACACUCAGAGACAUGCUAACCAACGCCGGUGGGGCAUUACCGGAGAACGUCGUCGGUUAUUGUAUCCUCCAGGUUCUUGAAGUGCUCAGGGAUUUUCACCAGCACGGUUAUGUGCAUUGUGAUCUCAAGCCAGAGAACAUAUUCAUCUUCCCGAGCUAUGCUCAUGGAGAGCUUUGUGAACUCAAACUUGGUGACUUCGGUUUGGCUAAGGAGCCUAAUGGACCUGAUCCAGUGAAUGGUUCUUUAUUCGAGGGGAAUCCGGAGAAUUUGGCUCCAGAGGCAGUCGGGCCACGUGGAGUGAUCUCGUCGGAAUGUGCUGAAGAGGGCCGUGAGGUUGACAGUGGAGAUGAGCUGGAGCGCAAUGAGAUUGAUUUUCUUCGGUGUCAAGUUAUUAUCGUUUAG